AUGUUUUCUCUAUCACAAAGAGUGCAGUAUAUUGCGAAUUUUUCCAUGACCGUUGGUUUGGUCAUUGUUGCCCUUAUCAUCGGUUCCUCUCAUCUCGAUUUCUUUCAAAAGGGUAUCCUAAGAAAUAGCCAGGCUGCAAUUGCAAACAUUAAGCCAAUCGUAGGGUUUAGAACAAGUAGGUUCUAUGGUGCCGCUAAUGGCCAUCCUAAGGAGAACACAAGAAUUGCAUUUGAUUUAAACACAGAUUUGUCUGGAUUGUUCAACUGGAAUACCAAGCAAGUAUUUGUUUAUUUAACUGCUGAAUAUAAUAAUACUGAAAAGGGUACUCUAAAUGAAGUGACAUUUUGGGAUGCUAUAUUACCUGAUGCAGACCAUGCCAUUAUCAAAUUGGAAAAUACUAGAUCCAAAUACUCUGUAUGGGAUUAUACAGGUGAUUUAAGUGGUAAAGAUUUACAAUUUAAAUUGCAUUGGAAUGUCCAACCACAUGUUGGUCCAUUGAUGUAUGGUGUUGCCCAAGGUGACGAUAUUAUCGUUAACGUUCCAAAACCAGAAUCAAAAGUAUAG